CCCAAAGUCUGUCUGUGCGAGUCGGCCGGAGACAGAAGGUAGUAAAAACACAAAGGCCCAAAGCUAAGUAACUACAGGUUUGGGCUAUACAACAUCCUUCAAAAAUGGCAGAGCGUUUGGGAGAAGUGAUGUUUGCAGCCAGGCGAAGAGGAGAGGAAACAACAAGAGAAGCAAUGUUCACAUAUACCAACAGCAAUAACACCAAAGAUCCCUUUGAGGGACCCAACUACCACAUUGCCCCUCGAUGGGUGUACAACCUCUCAACAUGCUGGAUGAUAUUUGUAGUCAUUGCUUCGGUCUUCACCAAUGGCCUGGUGCUGGUGGCCACGGCCAAAUUCAAGAAGCUCCGUCACCCUCUCAAUUGGAUUUUGGUCAACCUCGCUAUAGCUGAUCUAGGAGAGACUGUGUUGGCCAGCACCAUCAGCGUGAUCAACCAGAUUUUCGGCUACUUUAUCCUCGGACAUCCCAUGUGUGUCUUUGAGGGCUACACUGUGUCUGUAUGUGGUAUCUCUGCUCUGUGGUCUUUGACUAUCAUCUCUUGGGAGAGAUGGGUGGUGGUCUGCAAACCAUUUGGUAAUGUCAAGUUUGAUGGUAAAUGGGCAGCUGGUGGCAUCAUCUUCUGCUGGGUUUGGGCUGCUGUCUGGUGUGCACCUCCCAUCUUUGGCUGGAGCAGAUAUUGGCCUCACGGUCUGAAAACCUCCUGCGGCCCUGAUGUCUUCAGUGGAAGCGAGGACCCCGGUGUCCAGUCCUACAUGGUUGUCCUAAUGAUCACCUGUUGUAUCAUACCUCUGGCCAUCAUCAUUCUCUGCUACAUUGCCGUGUACUUGGCCAUUCAUGCUGUCGCCCAGCAACAGAAGGAUUCUGAGUCCACACAGAAAGCUGAGAAGGAAGUGUCCAGAAUGGUGGUUGUCAUGAUCGUGGCCUACUGUGUUUGCUGGGGUCCUUAUACGUUCUUCGCCUGCUUUGCAGCUGCAAACCCAGGCUAUGCCUUCCAUCCACUGGCAGCAGCCAUGCCUGCCUACUUUGCCAAGAGCGCCACCAUAUACAACCCCGUCAUUUAUGUCUUCAUGAACCGACAAUUCCGCGUAUGCAUCAUGCAGCUCUUUGGAAAGAAGGUGGAUGAUGGGUCUGAGGUGUCUACAUCCAAGACAGAAGUGUCCUCUGUGGCUCCUGCAUAAAUAGAGCGAUGGUCUUGAGUCAGACAUGGGAAAAACGAUGAAAAUUGGACUUUUUAUAUUCCUUGUUUUACCCUCAACGUAUCUUGACAACUUUGCUUCCAGAUAUUUCCCUCGGAGUGAUGGGGAAUACCUUGUUGCAUGGCACUGUGUGUUAACACAUUACUUGCUCAACGGCCCCGUGACUUAAUAUCUACCGGAAUGAUGUUACAGUUUUUUAUGGUAUUCAGUUGUCACACAAUCAUUUGUCCAUGGCACUACAUCCACUGACUAUUCACAAGGUUGUAUGCCUAUAUAUAGCACUGCUUUGUGGGAAUGUGUCACUCAGCGUGGAUUAACUUACAGCAAAAAGUAAUCGCCUCAUUGUAAUGUACAAUUUCUGCUGAAUUGCUGUUCAGUGGCAAUGUAAUAAUAUCUCUGUAAUCUUAAUUUUGUAGCCAUCUUGCAAGAAAACAAAAAUGACAAAAAAAAGUUUGAUAGAUAGAGGCCUGCCAUGUACAGCAUGUCAUAUGGUUCUAUUUUUUUCUUUGAUGAAAAUUAAAAAAAAAAAAGCAGCAAAAUAAA